GCGCUGCCUUCGUCCAGAUGCUGUGUCCAUUGGUCCAGCACGGCAAUGAGCUGCGGCCGGCACCGUUCAUCAUCUGCCCGUUUUGGGCGCCCAGCCGUACACGUGAACUAACAGUCUUGGCUUCAGGGCAGGUCGCUAAAAUGGACUCCUGUGACAUCAAGAUCAAGGUCAAGAUCAACGGAAGUAAACAGAGCGACGCUGCGGAGUCUGUCACGCCGCCCACGCCCACACAGUGCCCCCACGCCUCCACGCCCAUCCAGUGCCCCCACGCCCAUCCAGUGCCCCCACGCCUCCACGCCCAUCCAGUUCAGAGUGAGGGCAGUUCUUACCUCAAUGACCUCUCUCAGGUGUCUGCUACGGUGGUGAACCUCCUGCUCCAAACCCAGGAGCAGAGUGAGUCGGAGCUCCAGGACGCACAUGACCAGAUCUCAGACGCACACAGGCAGAUCAGCGCGUACAUGGCACAGCUGGAGGACGCACACAGGGAGCUGGAGGUGUACAAGGACCAGCUGCAGCGAGCGUCUUCCCAGAUCGAGGAGAUGAGGGAGAGAGGGAGGGAGGAGGAGAGGGAUGAGGAGGAGGAGGAGGAGGAGGAGGAGAGGCGGAGGAAGGAGGCAACACUGAAGGAGGAGCAACUAGAAGGCAAAAUUAGAGCGAGAAUCGAGGAAGAGAGAGAGAGAAUCAAAGCAAGCUACGUCGAGCGAGAGAGGAGUGCUGUGGAGCAGGUGGAGCGAGCCGUUAGAGAGAGGUCAGCCUGAUAAAGAGGUAGAAAUUUUGGCCAAGGAGGUCCAGAAGUUGAUGCAGGAUUCUGAAGCGCCCGCCGAGGAUGACAAUUCCCGUGUUCUAAGGAGCGGGUCAACUCAUGACAGAGCUCCUCCUCCUCCUCCUCCUCCUCCUCCUUCUCUCCCGCAUGAUAACAAAGGUGCCUCGAUCCUUGGCCAGCCUGAAGAGUUCUGCGUCCAGGCCCAGACGGUGAGCCUGGUGACUGUCCAGGAGGCAGACAGGGACAGACAGGGACGCAGUUUGGAGGCUGUAACAUAACAUGCUGGCAGGACACUUCAGGCAACUCUGUCUGUCCCAAACCUGCUACCAACCUGUACCAACCACAAACAAGUAUUGAACAACUCCGGAAAACUUCGAAAGGAAGAACCAAAGGAAGGAAGGAAGACCAUCUCAGAAGACCCCAGAGUCAGCCCCUACAGUCCAUCAUAGUCCAAGAAAUAGCUGAAGGAAGUCCCAAGUCCAAGCGACCUUCCUUUCUUUCUGAUUCAAGUCGUCUGUACCUUCAGCGAGGGGGCAAGGCGACCAUGGACCUCUCCCUUCCCUUCCCUUCCUUCCUUCCUUCCUUUCCUUUCCCUUUCCUUCCUUUUCCUUCCCCUUCCCUUCCUGUCCCUUCCUGUCCCUUCCCCUCCCUGUCAUCAGCCACACAGUGUCUGCCAUCCAUGUCUUGCAGCAGGCCAGCCAUUCUGACUUGCUCUUCCUUCCAAGCAAGCAGUCACUCUCUCCUCAGCACAUGACCCAGAAGCUUCACUUGUCCUAUGCUUUUCAUCAAGUGCCUGGCUGUCUGCUGCUGCUCUUUGUCAUAGAGUUAAGUUGUCAUUAUCUUAGUUAGUUAGUUAGUUAGAGGUCCAGAUAAUUGUUGUAUGGGCAAGACUCCUGUCCCUCCCUCUCCUUCCCUCCCUUCCUCUCCACAUGUCCCCCAAGUUCCCAGUCUGUGGAGGUCCAGAUAAUUGUUGUAUGGGCAAGACUCCUGACCCUCCCUCUCCUUCCCUCCCUUCCUCUCCACCUGUUCCCCAAGUUCCCAGUCUGUGGAGGUCCAGAUAAUUGUUGUAUGGGCAAGACUCCUGUCCCUCCCUCUCCUUCCCUCCCUUCCUCUCCCUCUCCCCCAAGUUCCCAGUCUGCAGAGGUCCAGAUAAUUGUUGUAUGGGCAAGACUCCUGUCCCUCCCUCUCCUUCCCUCCCUUCCUCUCCCUCUCCCCCAAGUUCCCAGUCUGCAGAGGUCCAGAUAAUUGUUGUAAGGGCAAGACUCCUGUCCCUCCCUCUCCCUUCCUUUCCAGUCUUUCUUGUUCCAUUAUUUAUUUUCUCUCCCUUAGUCUUUCUUUGCUCUCUCCCUUCUUUCAUCUCCUCUCCCUUCAGCCGCAUUAUCGUCUUCCUUCUAAUCCAUAGCAUUUUCUCUCUCCCUUUUACAUCUGCUUUAUUUCCUUCUCUCUCUCUCUCUCUCUCUCUCUCUCUCUCUCUCUCUCUCUCUCUCUCUCUCUCUCUCUCUCUCUCUCU